AGUUCAUGUAGAGAACGCCAUCUUGGCGGCGUACUCUCUUUCCGGUUCACGCAUUUGUACAGUGAACACGAACAACAGUUUUUAUUAAUAAUUUAAUAAAUACUGGCAAGGUGAAGAAUGGUAGACGACUAUGAUGAAAUCCAAGCGGGGGCAAUUCCUGUCCCCCAAAUGGCAGAACUUCCUGAAAUUAAAUUGUUCACACGGUGGAGCUGUGAUGACGUACAAGUCUCCGACAUGUCUUUACAGGAUUACAUCGCCGUUAAAGAAAAGAAUGCUAAGUAUUUACCACAUUCAGCUGGUCGAUAUGCUGCAAAGAGAUUCCGUAAAGCACAGUGCCCUAUCGUAGAAAGAUUGACAAAUUCUUUAAUGAUGCACGGCAGAAACAAUGGCAAAAAGUUGAUGGCAGUCCGUAUUGUCAAGCAUGCUUUUGAAAUUAUCCAUCUGCUGACUGGUGAAAACCCACUUCAGGUGUUGGUUACUGCAAUUAUCAAUUCUGGCCCUCGUGAAGAUUCAACUCGUAUUGGACGAGCAGGUACUGUGAGAAGACAGGCAGUUGAUGUAUCUCCACUGCGUAGGGUGAACCAAGCUAUUUGGUUGUUGUGUACAGGCGCAAGAGAAGCCUCUUUCCGUAACAUCAAGACGAUCGCUGAAUGUCUAGCCGACGAAUUAAUAAAUGCGGCGAAGGGUUCUUCUAACUCAUAUGCUAUUAAGAAGAAGGAUGAAUUGGAACGUGUAGCGAAAUCUAAUCGCUAGUUUUAUUAAGAUGUUAAUGUCCUUGUAUAAUCUUAGGACAAAUAAAGAAAACUUUUCUUAA